GGGCAGGCGAGCAGGGGGCGGGCGGACAUCUUGGGAUCCGGAGAGUGGCCGGGCGGGCGGAGCAGCGGGCCGCGGACACCAGGUCUCUUCUCAGAGCGAUGGGCUGUGGAGACUGAGCUGCCGCCAUGAUUGGAGGCUUAUUCAUCUAUAAUCACAAGGGGGAGGUGCUCAUCUCCCGGGUCUACCGAGAUGACAUCGGGAGGAAUGCGGUGGACGCUUUUCGGGUCAAUGUUAUCCAUGCCCGGCAACAGGUGCGCAGCCCCGUCACCAACAUCGCUCGCACCAGUUUCUUCCAUGUUAAACGGUCUAACAUCUGGCUGGCAGCUGUCACCAAGCAGAAUGUCAAUGCUGCCAUGGUCUUCGAAUUCCUCUAUAAGAUGUGUGACGUAAUGGCUGCCUACUUUGGCAAGAUCAGCGAGGAGAACAUCAAGAACAAUUUUGUGCUCAUAUAUGAGCUGCUGGAUGAGAUCCUGGACUUUGGCUAUCCACAGAACUCGGAGACAGGCGCACUGAAAACCUUCAUUACCCAGCAGGGCAUCAAGAGCCAGACAAAAGAGGAACAAUCCCAGAUCACCAGCCAGGUGACUGGGCAGAUUGGUUGGCGGCGGGAGGGCAUCAAGUAUCGCCGGAACGAGCUCUUCCUGGAUGUGCUGGAGAGUGUGAACCUCCUCAUGUCCCCGCAGGGGCAGGUGCUGAGCGCCCAUGUGUCAGGGCGGGUGGUGAUGAAGAGCUACCUGAGUGGCAUGCCUGAGUGCAAGUUUGGGAUGAAUGACAAGAUUGUAAUUGAGAAGCAGGGCAAAGGCACAGCUGAUGAAACAAGCAAGAGCGGGAAGCAAUCAAUUGCCAUCGAUGACUGCACCUUCCACCAGUGUGUGCGACUCAGCAAGUUUGACUCUGAACGCAGCAUCAGCUUCAUCCCACCAGAUGGAGAGUUUGAGCUCAUGAGGUAUCGCACCACCAAGGACAUCAUCCUUCCUUUCCGGGUGAUCCCACUGGUGCGGGAAGUGGGGCGCACCAAGCUUGAGGUCAAGGUGGUCAUCAAGUCCAACUUCAAGCCCUCACUACUGGCUCAGAAGAUUGAGGUGAGGAUCCCAACCCCAUUGAACACAAGUGGGGUGCAGGUGAUCUGCAUGAAGGGGAAGGCCAAGUACAAGGCCAGUGAGAACGCCAUCGUGUGGAAGAUCAAGCGCAUGGCAGGCAUGAAGGAAUCGCAGAUCAGCGCAGAGAUUGAGCUGCUGCCCACCAAUGACAAGAAGAAGUGGGCUCGACCCCCCAUUUCCAUGAACUUUGAGGUGCCAUUCGCACCCUCUGGCCUCAAGGUGCGCUACUUGAAGGUGUUUGAACCGAAGCUGAACUACAGCGACCAUGAUGUCAUCAAAUGGGUGCGCUACAUUGGCCGAAGUGGCAUUUAUGAGACACGCUGCUAGCUGCCUAGUGGCAGCUAGCCCCGCCUCCCCACCCACCCACCCUCUUCCACAAGUCCAAGUGCCCCAGCCACCACACAUCAGUGUCUCCUCCCUCCUGCUUUGCUGCCUUUCCUUUGCACCAGCCCCUGAGUCUAGGUCUGGACCAACCACAUCGGAAGUAGGACUGGUGGAGCUGUCCCUGGGCUCCCUGGGCUUCCUGGGCU